AUGCAGCUCAAGAUCAAAAAAUCAUCGAUUCGAGUGUUGGUGUGUUCUGGCAACCUUGGCAAUGCCGAGCCCGAUGCCAAGUCGUUAGCCGCCUGGGUACCCGACGAUGGGGAUUGCAAGUCGGUCUUGGAGAAUCAAAAGUAUCCUCUCAAAAUGGACAACGAUCUAAAUCAGAAGAAGAAGAGUGAUAAAAAGAGAGCAAAGGAUUUGAAGGAGGGAGAUAAUGAUGUGGAGACAGAGUCUGAAGAAGAAGACGACGAUGACGAGACGGAAGAAGAGACGGGAGAAGAAGAAGAUCCCAACGUGACAGCAGAAGGCCACUUUGAUCUGAUAGUACUGGGUCUCCAAGAGUCUACGUUUAUCCCCAAAGGAUCUACGAAAGAAGAUUUGGAAAUGGAAGACGACAGUGCCAGAGAUGGCAGCAGUCUGAAUGGCUUUAGUGACCAUGGUGGUAUCAAUAAUAGCAAGGAGAUGAGUAGUAGUGACCAUGGAAUGAGCAACAGCAGUUUUCACCACCACAAUAAUAAUUCCAUGACGAUCAUUCAAGAAGAAGCUCCACUCAAAGACACUACGCAGUCCUCGUCGUCACAACCAGAAGAUGGUCCAAUAAUAGUACCCAUGGAAGAAGACCCAUCUCCUCGCACGUCUCUGUCCGCGCAAACCAAAUUCAACCAACGCGUCAAGAAAGCCAGUGAAUUCAUGGCCAGUCAAACGGGAAAAGCCACGGAGUUUGCCAAGGAUGUGAUUGGAGACGUCAAACAGCAGACCAAGGACAUGUUGGUCGCCAACAGUACUUCGGCAUUGCAUCAAAAACUCAAAGAUCGAUUGCCGUCCUACACUCGCCUUUUAAGUUUUCAACGCGGUGAAAUGCGACUCUUAAUUUUUGCCCGGACUCAUUCCAAUACCGACAUUCAAGUCAAAUCCUGUCGCGCCCAAAACACCGGCAAGGCCGGAUUGCCCAACAAGGGCGGCAUUGUGGCCGUCGUACAAGUGGACGAUUCGACGACCAUGGCAUUUGGUACGGCCCAUUUGGAAGCGCACGAAGGCCUGCAAAAGUACAAGACCCGCUGUUCCACCAUUGCCGAUAUUUUCAAGGGAACUACCAAGAGUCCCCACCCGGAUGCUUCCUUGUCAUCGCACUAUUGCUUUUUCAUGGGAGACUUGAAUUUUCGAACGCGCUAUAAAGGGCACGUAUCCGUCAAGGAACAGGGCGACGAUGUAAGACAACUCGUCCAAGACGAAAAUUGGCACGAAAUCAAUCAAGCCGAUGAAUUGCGCAAAGCAUUGCACAAUCACGAAUGUUUGUUUGGAUUCACAACACCACCGUGUCAUUUUCCACCCACGUUCAAAGUCGAACGCGAUCAAGUCGGAUACAAAUAUCAACCCAAACGAACACCCAGUUACACGGAUCGCAUCUUGUGGCGCACAGGAAACUUGUUGCAUCCCCGCAAAAACUUGACACCCCUCUGUUACGAACCGAUUGAUGCGUUUACAUCGAGUGAUCACAAACCCAUUCGAGGAGCCUUUGCCAUUCAACUCAAUGAACAUUGUUGUGCGUUGCCGCCCGAAAAAUGCAGUAAUCAACGAUCCAGUCUCUUUCGACAAAUGGCAUGGAAGGCAUCCGCCAAAGAGACACAUGACAGUUACAAUAUGGCCGCCGCCAAUGCAUCCAAAAGUGAAAAGUUGCACAUUUACUUGUCCGAUAUUCAAUGCGAUAUAUUCCCCAAAAGCAAAAGCAGUAAGACCAACAACAACUCCGAAGGCACCAGCAGCAAUAACAACAACAGCAACAGCAACAUGGACUCGUACGUCUCGGUCGUUUCCAGUCCGGCCAGUCUACUCAAACCUCCCAAACAAUCCUCGUGGCGAAAAGUGAUGCGAUCCUUCAAAAUGAGUCUCAAAAAAUCACAAUCGUCGCAACUGCUACCGCGACAACUGGAGCAGCAGCAACAACUGCGACAAUUUGAACAAGAAGAAACACUGGCACGAUGGCCGCACACGGACACGAUCAAGAAUACACUCAAUCCCGAUUGGGGCGAGGAAGAGAUUCACUGCAAACUGCAGCGGCAUGAUCCACGCACGGGACAACCCAACAAUGUCGGGGGUGCCAUUUUGCACAUUUUUGCACGCCAGGCACCCGAUGGACAAGUCAUUGGCAGUUUUCCCGUCAAUCUCGAAUAUCUAUUCCGAUUGUGUCAUGCCGAUACCAGUGACGACUGGCGGGAAUCGAUUGAGGAGUUGUUGACUUCUAGCACGUCGAGUAAUAGUGGCAUUACCAUGCACGAUCCCAGCAUGGCCAACAGUCGCAUGGUGUCGUGGGAUAUCGAUGGACCGCUGCUCAAAGAUGGACGACAAACGGGAGUCAUUCGAUGUUCCUUGGAUGCCUGGUGGACGCACGAUGGACUCGCCCAUGCCGCCAAGGCCAAAUCGAUUGCCAUGGGUUUGGCGUCCAAUGAUCAGCAAGUGACGCGGGCCAUGGAACGAUCCUCACGACAAAAACACAAAUGGUGGUCGUCGUUCCGAGUUAAUAACAAGCGAUGA